CAUUUACAACAUCUGCAUAAUGUAUUGCAUGUAUAUACUUCUUGCAUGUCUCUGGUUAAAUGUGAGUGAGUCAGAUAUUAUACGAGAGAGACAAGGCACCCCAACUUUUUUUUAUUUCAUUAUUAUUAUUAGUAGUAUUUUUUAUCUGAUUAAACUGGUUAAAGAACAUUAUAUCCAACACAUAUUAAGAAUAAGUGUCAGAGAGUCAUUGCCAUGGCAACGUUGUCAUAGUGAAGUUGACAACCAUUAAACAAUCUGUGUUUGGGUUCAGCGCACAUGCUCAUUUCUGUGGAAAAAGCCUGUCACGGACUAUAAGCAGGAUCGGGAUUUUGUGAGGUAAUGAUGAAGGCUGAUCCCUGGGUUGGCACCUGGAGGCCCCACAAGCCAAGAGGUCCUAUAGCUGCCCUCUAUGGUAGCCCGGGGCCCAAGUAUGCACUGCCUGGACUCACAGGUGUGUCUCAGCACGACCCUACUAAAUACAAAGCCCCAAUGUUCAGCUUUGGGAUGCGUCGUAAGGAGGUCAAUAAUAACUUUUCCCCUGGGCCAAGAUACCUGAUUCCCACCAACAUGACCAGAGAGGGCCUGAGUAACCAGCCUGCAUUUUCACUCCAUGGCCGUCCAAAGGAGCCCAAGUUCUUCGAGCCUCCUGGACCAGGUCAAUAUUCCCCAGAGCACUCAGCAAAGUGGAUCUACCGCUCUGCGCCUGCUUAUUCACUGUUAGCCAGGCACAAGGAAUUAGGUGGCAACAAAACACCAGGUCCUGCGACCUAUUCUCUGCCUCCCGUGAUAGGGAUGAACACUGCGGUUGCAUCUUCUGCUCCCUGCUUCUCAAUACGUGGCCGCAACAAAAUCGGAACCUUCUACGACGACCAAAGCAAGACUCCUGGCCCUGCUGCCUAUAAAGUUGUGGACCCCAGUAUUUAUGGGCAGAAGCCUCCUCAAUUCAGCAUGACAGGUCGCAACUUCACUCCCGGUGAAACCACAGCGAAACCAGGACCAGGAGCAUACAACCCUGAGCAAGUAAACCUCACAAAAAGCAAAGCCCCGAGUUUUACCUUUGGAUUGCGUCAUUCUGAGUACAUCCUACCAGUCAGUCCCUGGGAAUGUUGAGGAAUAGUGUCCUCUGUCAUCUCUUAUUUUAACUGGAAAUGACCACAGAAGUUUGUCAAUAAAGCAUAAAAUACAAACUGCUCAGCA